AUGGCUCCUUUUGAAGCUCUUUAUGGACGAAGAUGCAGAACUCCUUUAAGUUGGGAUGACAUGAGAGAUCGACUGAUAUUAGGUCCAGAAAUGAUCGAAGAAUCAAAAAAAAAAAAUUCGAAUUAUCAGGGAGAAGAUGAAAAUAGCUCAAGAUCGUCAAAAGAGUUUGGGAUUAAAGGAAAAUUGAGUCCGCGUUAUGUUGGACCUUAUGAAAUUGUCGAUCGAGUUGGUGAUUGGGCUUAUCGGUUGGCACUUCCAAAUUCUAUGGAGCGUAUCCAUAAUGUGUUUCAUAUAUCUCAGCUUCGUAGGUAUGUUGCAGAUCCUUCUCAUAUUUUAUCUCCAGAUGAGAUAGAGCUGAAUGAAGAUCUUUCGUAUGAAGAAAAGCCUCUGUGGAUCAUGGACACAAAGGUUCGAACCAUGAGGAAUCGAGAUAUUCGUAUGGUGAAAGUAAUGUGGUCCAGACAUGGAGCGGAAGAGGCCACGUGGGAAGUAGAACAAGAAAUGUUCAAGGCAUACCCACAAUUGUUUAAUUAA